AUGACCACAACCCCUCUCUCUCUCUCCUUCCCUCCUGCAGGAUACGCGGCCGCCUCUUUCGCUCUCCUGUGUGCCAUCCCCUUCACCCACCGAGUCCUGACACACGAAGGAGGAGUGUGGAGCUCCUAUUACCUGGCCGCCUUCCAUGCUCACGUCGUUCUCUACUUUGGGAACUCCUGCAUAGGUAUCGGCGUGGUGAUGCUGCUGGCUCUGACGGUGGAACGCUUCAUCUCAGUGUGUUACCCGGCCCAGGCGAGGAACCUAUGUGGCACUACUAGAGCCUAUGUGACCGUCUCAGUCAUCCCUAUCACCACCUUUUCCUCUAUAGCCCCUACCUGUUCCCCUCACCACUCACCACCACCACUCACCACUCACCACUCACCACUCACAACCACCACCUUCUACAUCGCCUCCGUCACCCCUACAGAUUCAGUGGUCCAUACGAAGGAGGUGAAUGGCUGGCUGGUGGACUCGAUAUACUUCCAGGCGUACAAGUGGCUGCUGGAGCUCGCGUUCAAGCUGGUCCCGGCGCUCAUACUUGUCUACCUCAACGUCAGGAUAAUCCGGACCUACAAGGCUGUGUGUGAGAAGAGGCGGAAGAUGACUAACAAGGUAAGUGGGGAGCAGAGACGGCAGUACGCGGAGGAGUCUCGUCUCAUGUUCCUGCUGGGGGGGACGUCGACGUUGUUCUUCGUGUGUAUGACGCCGAUCGUGCUCUCCCUCACCAUACACCAGGCCUGGAGACACUCUAUUGCCUUCGAGGUGUUCCGUGCCACAGCUAACGUGCUGGAGGUGACCAACUUUGCCGUCACCUUCUACAUCUACUGCGUCUUCUCCAAGGACUUCCAUGAGACCUUCCUGAAGACUUUGAGGUCAGCUAUGAGAACUCCGUCGGCGCUUCCUUCUUGGGGUCCGUGUCUGGUCUGAAGGAGGCUAUCAGGCCUCCAUAGGGGCGCGCCCACGCUAGGACCACGCAGACGCCCGUGCCGGUUCCCGUAUGACACGAGGGGCACUGGAGGAAGUUGGCAGUGAAGACCCUCCGAGACGAGCCCGGUCUACUGACGAAGGAGAACCCGCCGAGACUCACGAGCUGUUGCGAGUCUCCGCCAAUGUUGACUAAAAGGGUCGAGGAUGCCCAAUUAAAGCAUCGAACAGGACUUGAGGCGCUUCGUUGGCUUCAGGUACGAGCUACAGGCGUGAGCUGGUCUAAGAGAGGCAGUGAACGAUAUACAAACUGCUUCGAAUCAGCACUUAAUGUUGAUAUAGACCCAACACGAACACAACGCUAUCGAUCCUGACCUUGUCUAUGUGAGGUAACGAAGGAGUUGACGACAGUAGUUCCCAACUUAACUCACGAGGGCGAGUUUCUCGUUGUUGCCUCGAUCAAAGCCGUGCUGAGAGUACACUGCAAGACUCGGCUAGAAAUACCUUGAGGUGUUUGUAGGGAGGAUGAUUGACCCAGAGUGCCAGACUUUGUGGUACACGACUCUUGGGGUUUACAUCGCGCCGCGACAAUUUUCGGUGAAGGCGACAACACAGAGGCAGUCCUUCCUCACCUCUCCCUCGUCGAUCUAAUAACAACAAGCGAACAGGUUCUCUUCUUCCACCCUGCUCCAGUGCGCCUUGUGUGGUCUUAGCGUGACACAGAAUGUUGAUAAAUUUAGUUCUAAGUUAAUAUGAUGUGAGGAUUUUACGCCAAUAGUUUUAUCUCUAGUACAGCCUCAAGCACUGAAAAAAUUUUUGUUCUAUUUUAUUCCUAGUGCAACCUAAAGCACUGAUUGCUGCUAGACUGGUUUAGUCCCAGUGCGGCCUCGAGUACUUAAAGCCUACUGGUUGAUUUUUUUCCCAGUGCAGCCUCAACUACUGAAAAAAACUAUCGGUCUGUUUUAUUCCCAGUGCAGCCUCGAGUGUUGAAAAGAAACUCAUCCAAUUUUUCCUUACUCCUCGUAGGGAAAAGCACAUCAUCAUUCUUACCCAUCAACUCCAGUAUGACACUCUACUCCCUAGAAUCCAAUAGCAUAGAUGUGAAUGUCAAGAAGAACAUUGUGUAAGACAAAGAUGCCUUCAAGAUCUCCUCAGUCGACUCCUUCGGGAAAUCCUGAAGGAGUGAGGAUUCUCUGGAUAAUGUAAACCACCUCAAACCAAGGUGGCAUCACUUCAGAGAAUGCUAUACAAGUGGUGCCAGUUAGAAUGCUGUUGACUCUAGCCAUUCAGUGUGCUUUACAUGGUGUGACAGUCAGAACAUUCUACCAAUAGUAUGUGUCAGAUUGUGAAUGAAAGCUUGGCCAAUUAGAACAUUGCAUCCAUAACCUCGGUCAGAAUGUGAUUGGUGAACCAAUCAGAGAAUUUGUGUAGCUCCGUAAGUGAGAAUGAUGUUAAUGACGAGCCAAUCAAAAUGGAUUAUAGUUUCCAAGUACUGCUAAUCAGAAACUUAUCAAAAGUAAACCACCACUCAGAUUAUUUUUUUAGGCUAUGCUAAUGUUUUAACCACUCCGAAUAUGCCUAAAACAUCACCCAAUCAGAAUAUACUGUAGUCUCAGAAAAUUAUCAGUCAAUCAGAAUGGAGCUUUAAAAAAAUUAGACAGACAAAAUGAUAAACUAGAGACUAAACCAUACAGAAUGCCAUUGGAUGUCCGCCAAUCAGAACACUGCUAAUGGGACACCAAUGGGAAUGAUGCAAAGAAAGUAUACCAAUCAGAACGUCUGUCACUCAGAAAUUGAACAUGUGUUACUCGUAGUGUUGUGAAAGUUGUGAUAUUCAGGAUUUAAGGAGGUUGUGAAAUUGGGAUGUAUAAGGUUGUGAAAAUAAGGUACAACAAAACCACAAUUUACAGGUAACCAAUUAGCAGAAACAGGUAACCAAUUACUGCACACCUGUAGAAAAUUAGUACUGAGAAUAAUAUAAGGAAACUUAGAACAAAAUUAGGUUUAAGGACUAAAUGCACCUGUGAAAAAUUGGCACAGAAAAAUAAUUAACAGACAUAAACAAAAUAGGUUAUAAGGACCAAUUACAUGUGUGAAGAAAUAGGCAAACAUAACCCAACCCAGAAUAAAUAUUGCAAACCAAAAAUUAUUCUCCAUUUCAUGUUAAAUUGUUACAUGGACCAAUUUUAGAUGUGAAAUAAUAGACAUCAGGGUUAAACUAGUUACAGAGAUCUAUUAGUAAAUGCAAAGAUGUGAAGAAAUUCCUUGUACUGUGAGAAUGAAUGUGAAUAACUAACUCAUAAACAUCUGUUGACAUGUACAAUAAGUGUAUAAGAAACUGCUCCUAGAUGUGAACGAAUGAUAGGUGUUUAUAUACGUGUGCAACAGUUCGUAGAUGUGAACAAGUGAUACAUCUGUUGACAUACGUGAGUUGGUUAUGUUAAGCAGUUCGUAGAUGGAACAAGUGAUACAUCUGUUGACAUACGUGAGUUGGUUAUGUUAAGCAGUUCGUAGAUGGGAACAAGUGAUACAUCUGUUGACAUACGUGAGUUGGUUAUGUUAAGCAGUUCGUAGAUGGGAACAAGUGAUACAUCUGUUGACAUACGUGAGUUGGUUAUGUUAAGCAGUUCGUAGAUGGGAACAAAUGACGUAAUAUUUUGUUUAUAUGUACAAGUGACGUUAUUAUAUGCCUACGUGUACAAAUAGCGUAUGGGAAACAACUCAUUGGUGAACGAGUGAAAAAAUAAGAUCUACUCACAAGCGGAGAAGAAAAUAUGAUUUAUUUCACAGAUUGAACGGAGUGAUAUAUCGUUGUUGACAUACAGUAUGUUGGAAGGGAAUGUGAAUGGGUAGCAGAAGUGUUUGUUAACAUGUUACAUAAGCGUUUAAUGGGGCAACCUCUGACAGAUGUGAAAGAAUGACAAAUACAUCUUUUGUUUACAUUGUGUGGGUGGGGUAAUACGAAUCACUUUACGGAUAUAAACGAAUAACGCGAUGAUUCGUUUAACUAAUGACUUGACGAUUCAUUUACAUACGCUAAAAAUUGAUUCGAAAUAAUAAAAGGUUCCAAGAUUCGAAUCGAUUAAAAAAUACUAUACAAAACAUGAAAAUUGUGAGAAGUUAACCACAGAUAUUGAAAUAAUUUACAGCCUAUAUGAAGCUUCGAAAAUAAGAUUCGCAUGAGUCGAAUCAUCUUGACAAUUGCUUUAGUAGUUUAAGAAAAAAAAAUCCGCUUCUAUAAAUUUGUUGUUAAAUAUCGCUUACUUGUUAAAAUAUAAACCAGGAUGUUAGUUAAGGAAAUAUAAAUAUAUGAAUAAUAUUUUGGGAUGAUAUACGGUAUUUAUUAUAGUAAAAUAUGUUCAGAUCUCCAAACACUCUCUCUCUCUCUCUCUCUCUCUCUCUCUCAUACACCAGGGUUUCAAAAGCUAAAAAAAAUGGCCGAGUGGAAAUUUUUGUACAGAAGGAUUUAACCCCUUGACUAUGAUUAUUCAACCCUUUGAAUACUAUGAUUUAACCCCUUGAGUACAUUGAUUUUAACACCUUGAGUACAGUGAUUUUAACCCCUUGAGUAUGGUGAAUUAAAAGUGACAUUGUACUCAAGGAAUUAAUUAAUUAUACUCAAAGGGUUACGUAAUGGUACUCAAAGGAUGAAGUCGUAAUAUUCAAGGAGUUUAGUCAUCGUACUCAAGGAGUUAAGGGGCUAAGUAAUCAUGUUCAAUGGGUUAAAUUAUCGUACUCAAGAGGUUAAAUCACUGUACUCAAGGGGUUAAAUUAUCGUACUCAAGGGGUUAAAAUCAUUGUA